AUGAAUUGCCAAAGAAUCGCGUCGGCGGCCCUUCGCCAGGCCCGGGCGCCGCUUUCCAGGACCAAAGCUCCCUCCGCAUUUCGGAGCUCUCCAGCAGCUCUUGGCGUCCAACAAUGCGCCCGCCAAUUCCACUCCAAGCCCGCGCGGAAAGCUUCCAACAGCCCCGGCGAUGCGUCGAACCCGGCAAUGGCAUUCCCAUGCCUGGACGCACUCGAAAACCGAUCGGCGACCCUCGAGGCCAAGUUCGAGUCGAGCGGCCCCGAGCCCUCUUACACGGCCGGCGCAACGGAGACGUACCACUGCAAAGAGCCGCUUCUUCUCGACUGGGGUGGCAUCCUGCCCGAAUUCGAUAUCGCAUACGAGUCUUGGGGUCAGAUGAACGCGGACAAGUCGAACGUGAUUCUCCUCCACACCGGCCUGUCUGCGUCGUCACACGCGCACUCUACCGAAAGCAACCCGAAGCCUGGAUGGUGGGAGAAGUUCAUCGGCCCUGGACUGGCCCUGGACACGGAUAAAUACCACGUUAUUUGCACAAACGUUAUCGGAGGCUGCUACGGUUCAACGGGGCCUAGCAGCAUCGACCCCGCGGACGGCCAGCGAUAUGCGACGAGAUUCCCGAUCUUGACGAUGGAGGAUAUGGUGCGCGCGCAAUUCCGCCUCCUCGACGGACUCGGGGUUGAGAAGCUUUAUGCUAGUGUUGGAUCCAGCAUGGGCGGCAUGCAGUCUCUGGCUGCUGGCACCUUGUUCCCCAACCGAGUUGGCAGAAUCGUUUCAAUCAGCGGCUGCGCAAGGAGUCACCCGUACAGCAUUGCGAUGCGCCACACGCAGCGCCAGGUGUUGAUGAUGGACCCGAACUGGAACCGAGGUUUCUACUAUGGAAGGGUGCCGCCGCAUGCCGGCAUGAAGUUGGCGCGAGAGAUUGCGACGGUCACAUACAGAUCCGGACCGGAGUGGGAGCAGCGGUUCGGAAGGAGGAGGGCGGACCCCAGCAAGCCGCCGGCCCUGUGCCCCGAUUUCCUGAUUGAGACAUAUCUUGACCAUGCCGGCGAGAAGUUCUGCCUGACGUAUGACCCCAAUAGUCUGCUGUACGUCAGCAAGGCGAUGGAUCUCUUUGAUCUGGGUAGGGAGAACCAAGUGGCUGCCAGCGCGAGGCGAGCAGAGCGCGAGAAGCUGCUGCAGUCUGGCGUCGAGCCCGUGCGGAACGAUGCCGCUUGCAGUUUGACUCUUCCCGAGACCCCUUACGUCGAACAACCAGAGUCCAAUGCCGGCGCCUCAGACCAACCGGCAGAAAUGUCUUCAAGGCCACCUGAGGAUUUGAUUGCUGGCCUGACGCCGCUGAGAGACACUCCGGCUCUCGUGAUCGGUGUGGCCAGCGACAUUCUGUUCCCUGCCUGGCAACAAAGAGAGGUUGCGCAAGCCCUGAAGCUGUCAGGCAACAGAAAUGUGGCGCACAUUGAAUUAAGCGAGGAGAUGAGUUUCUUCGGCCACGACACGUUCCUGUUGGACCUCAAGAACAUUGGCGGCAAUCUGAAGAAUUUCUUGGGUUGA